AUGACCAACCCCAUUCGACCCGGGCUCCAUUCUAGAAGAAGCGAAAGAUCUACGAGGCAACAGCUUCAGAUGCCACAGGCCAUUGCAUCACAUGUAUGGCAUAGGAGUUCUUCCACUCCAAGUUUGCUCCAUAUGCAAAGACACCAUCAUUCAGACCCUCAUUCUAGUAGUAUUAAUAAAAGUUUGCCUGCAUCAAGAAAUUCAAUUGAACAAGAUACUAAUGGAGGUGAUCUAGGGCAAAAAACCCUGUCGAAACAAGAUGAUGACAAUGUGGUGGUUGACGUGUUGCCAUCUUUUGAGAUGUAUAACGUUCUUCAUAGACAUAUACCUCAAGGUAAUGUCGACCCAGAUCGUCAUGAUUUCCCUCCCAAUUAUACAGAAAUACAGAAUCAGCAAGGACCUUAUUCGGGAAAUAACAGUUCCUUUGUGGUAGAAACAUCUGCAGAUACGGACCGCGCAUCAGAUGGUACCAAUAGUAACAGUAAUGAUGUCCUGUCGCCAUUUGCGUCCAACAGAUUGAAUAGUUUGAAUCCUAUGAGUACGCAACAUCUGAGCAUUCAGAAUACAACAUUUGUUGAUGCUGAUGGCAUAGAUAUAGAAGAUGAUCUGGGCGCCAAUGAAAAUAUCGUGAUAGAUAAACUGUAUACACUUCCGAAGACACCAACUGCUUUGGAUAUUACAAUUCGUUUAACUAAACGCGCAUCUCUACCUCCUGAAGAGCCUGAAGAAGAGUCCAUACUGAAAGAGUACGUAUCAGGAGAUGUCAUACAUGGUUACUGUAUCGUUGAAAACAAAUCUGAUGAACCAUUAAAAUUUGAAAUGUUCUACGUUACAUUAGAAGGCUAUAUUUCAAUUAUUGAUAAGGAAAAAGGUAAGAGAACAGCAAAGAGAUUCUUGAGAAUGGUGGAUAUAAGUGCCAGUUGGUCAUAUUCCACCGUGGAUCUUGGUUCUGGUGUUAAAUACAUUCCAGGUGAAGUUGAUUUCGAUGGUUCUAUUCUGGGAUUGGGUAACAGUCGUUCUCUAGAGCCCGGUGUAAAACACAAGAAAUUUUUCAUGUUCAAGUUACCUGGUCAGUUGUUAGAUGUCACAUGUAAGCAUGAACAUUUUCAACAUUGCCUAUUGCCUCCCAGUUUUGGUAUUGAUAAAUACAAGGAUCACUGGAAGUAUUCGGAGAUAAAAGUUAAUCCAGUUCUAGGUUGUGGUAAUUUAGGAACAAAGGGUUCACCUGUCUUAACAUACGAUAUGUCAAGUAGCUCAUUAUCAGUUAAUUACACCAUCGAUGCGAAGAUUGUUGGAAAGGAUAAAAAGACCAAGAAGUUAAAUAUUAUGAAAGAAAAGGAAUACAAUAUUAGAGUGAUACCGUUUGGUUUCCAUUCAGAAUUGAGUGCUGGUGAGAGGGCCUCGUUGAAUCAACUUAAUGACCUUAAAACAUUAAUCGAGGAAAGAAUAUCAGCGCUGAAGAAGAUUUUUGAAAGACUGGAGAAAAAUGAACUCAUCCAGAAUAUAGAUAUACACGGUACAGAUAUUAGUGGAACAAUGACUGAAGAAAUUGAAUUGAAUUCUGAAGAAAUAUUAAGGAGAAAAAUGGAUCAACUGCAUAUGAAUAAUAGGUUUACAUCUGAAUUUCAAGAAAUGAGAGAUUAUAAGAAGGGAAUGCCUCUAGGAAGACACAUAGAAAGUGAAUUGAGCUAUAAAAUAAGGUCUAAAAAUAGUCUAAAGAAGAAUUUAUUUUCUGGUUUUCUUGCAGGGGCAUCUUCAUCUUCUUCCUCCCCAGAAACUGAAAAUAGUGACAAGAUGGGAAUUAUCUUGGUAUCUACAAAGGUACCUGAAACAAGUCUUCAUUACUCUUCACCCUCCCUAGUAAGAAAGACUAAUAAAUUUGAGGCACGGACCAAGAGGGCCCAAGAAAAUUGGAAGAACUUGUUGGAGACAAUUUCAGACGAAGAACGGAAGGGGCUAACUAAACUCCCGAUUUCACUAGUUUGUGUCCAAUCAAAUAAUAGUGCCAUCCAUGAGCCACCUGAAAUACAGGCCAUCACUACAGAAUUGCUCUGUAUAACCGCAAGGGCAGAAAAUUCUAUACCAAUAAAAUUGGAUUCUGCAUUACUACUAAAUGAAGAAGAGAUGCAAGAAAUCAAAAAGAAAUUUAAUGAUUAUUUGGAAACUAUCCAACGUUAUAAUGAAAAGUUCGAAGAAAAUUACGAAAAAUUAAAUGAACUCUACAAUCAAAAUAGCUCCACAGCUAGAGAACUCAAAUUUACCGAUUUUAUACCGUCACAAUUAAUUAAUGACAUGGAUAGUAUAGUUAAUUUGAAGGUUAAAGUCGAUUCUCUACAAGAUGUGUUCAAACGUCAAUUAGACACCUUGAAAGAUGACGACAGUAUUAGCCCUGUAUCUUCAAGCGCAUCUCCUGGUGAAACAAUAUUGUCUCCUAGGGGUAGCAUAAAAAUGAAUGCAAAGGGUGCAUUGAGCUCAACCGCAGGUAUCUCGAAGAGUUCUGUUUUCUCCAAAUAUGUCGAUCAAAUCAUUCAUGAGUGGGUGAAGCAGGCUCCUAUGAAAUAUCAGAGGAAAAUUGAUGUAAACCUAGAAUACAAUAAUUCCGUCAUUAAAACCAUCAUACCGAGCUUCGAAAGUUGUCUCUGUUGUAGACAGUACUCUGUUCGUGUUCACAUAAAAUUUCACAAUGCAGGAUCUACAUAUAUCGACGUUCCUGUAACUGUCAAAAACUUCUAA